AUGCGGAUGAAAUUUGUGGCAGAGAAGUCAACGAGUCUUCAAGAUGUCGAAGACGAGAAGCAAGCUAAUGUUGCCACUUUAAGAGAGAACGAGAAGAUCUUGAUUCUGUCCGUUGAAGAGGAGAUUGCUCUGAACAAACAAAAUAUUGGAAACGAUGUAUAUUAUGGUGCGAAAAGGGCGUUUUUGUCGGGGGGAAAGAAAAAGCUGGAUGAGAAACUUGUAUCCCUUGGCCUGGACGAUGAACAACAACUAAUAGUGUCUAACUUGAUAAUGAGUAAAGAAAUAAAAAGAUGA